AUGUCUGAUUUCGAAUCUCUGACGCUUCGGAGAAGAGGCAAGGAGCCCAGCGACGUCCACCUUGACGUCGAUGCCGACGACGACGCAGAAAAACGCGUUCAGUACGACGAAGCCAAGGAGUUUGUGGACUCACUCCGUCGCCUUGAGGCCAUCUUGGCUCCAUUGGCGUUCACAAUCCUCUCGUUCUUCGUCAGAUUGUACAAGAUCAACGUCAACGACGGUGUGGUGUGGGACGAGGCCCAUUUCGGAAAGUUCGGCUCGUACUACUUGAGACACGAGUUCUACCACGACGUCCACCCCCCCUUGGGUAAGAUGUUAAUUGGGUUGAGUGGAUAUUUGGCCGGCUACAACGGUUCGUGGGACUUCCCCUCUGGUGAGACCUACCCUGACUACAUCGACUACACCAAAAUGAGAAUUUUCCAGGCCACAUUCUCUGCGUUGUGUGUGCCGUUUGCCUACUUCACCAUGAAGGAGAUCGGAUUCUCGAUCGCGUCUACCUGGUUGUUCACAUUGAUGGUGGCGUUGGAGUUAUCGUACAUCACCUUGGGUAAGUUCAUCUUGCUCGACUCCAUGCUUCUUUUUUUCACUGUCACCACCAUCUUCUGCUUUGCUCGCUUCGACUCACACAACACCCGUUCCCAGGAGUUUUCCAGGAAGUGGUGGAAGUGGCUCUUGUUGACAGGCUUCUCCAUCGGGUGCACAUGCUCCGUCAAGAUGGUAGGGUUGUUUGUGACCACUUUGGUGGGUAUCUACACCGUGGUUGAUCUCUGGAACAAGUUUGGCGACCGUACAGUUUCGUGGUCCCGUUAUGGGGGCCACUGGUUUGCCAGAACCGUGGCUUUGAUCUUUGUGCCCAUUGCCAUCUUUUUGAUCAGUUUCAAGGUCCAUUUCGAUUUGUUGUACAAGUCAGGAACUGGUGAUGCCAACAUGUCUUCGUUGUUCCAGGCCAACUUGGUGGGUUCCGACGUGGUAGGCGGUGCCAGAGAGGUUUCAAUCGGCCACUCUGUCGUCACCCUCAAGAACCAAGGCUUGGCUGGUGGUCUUUUGCACUCCCACGUUCAGACGUUCCCUGAAGGCUCCCAACAGCAGCAAGUCACCACCUACUCGCACAAGGAUGCCAACAACAACUGGAUCUUCCAGAGACCCCGUUUUGAGGAGUACUACGACGCCGACAACAAUACCGAUAUCGAGUACGUGGUGGACGGAAUGGUCGUCAGAAUUGUCCAUCCCAUGACUGGCAGAAACUUGCACACUCACGAGGUGCAGGCUCCCGUCUCCAAGAGUGAAUGGGAGGUUGCUGGUUACGGAAACUUGACUAUUGGAGAUGAAAAGGACAACUGGGUCGUGGAAAUCAUGGAGCAACACUCGCCCAACGAGGACAAAAUGAGAUUGCACCCAUUGACCUCGUCCAUCCGGUUGAAGAACGCAGUGUUGAACUGCUACUUGGGUGUUACAGGCAACUCGUUGCCUCAGUGGGGUUUCAGACAAGGUGAGGUUGCGUGCUUGAAAAAUCCAUUCAAGAAGGAUAAGAGAACCUGGUGGAACAUCGAGAACAACCGUAACGAGCUCUUGCCUGCUGCACCAGCUGACUUCGCAUUGCCCAAGACCCGUUUCCUCCGUGACUUCAUCCAGAUCAACUUAGCCAUGAUGGCCACCAACAACGCCUUGGUGCCUGACUACGACAAGCAGGACGACUUGGCUUCCUCGUUCUGGGAGUGGCCUACCUUGCACACUGGUAUCAGAAUGUGCUCGUGGGCCGACGACAAGAUCAAGUACUACAUGCUUGGUUCGCCUGCCACCACCUGGACCUCCACGGCUGGUGUAGGUUUGUUCUUCUUCAUUGUGUUGUAUUUCUUGAUCAGAUGGCAAAGACAGAUCGUGGACUUCCCAGCUACCCAGCCCCAGAAGUUGCGCUUGUUCUUGAUGGGUGGAAUCUACCCUAUGUUCGGAUGGGGAUUGCACUUCAUGCCAUUCGUUAUCAUGGGAAGAGUCACAUACGUACACCAUUACGUGCCUGCGCUCUACUUUGCUAUGAUGGUGUUCGUGUAUGAAAUCGAGCUCUUCACGCUUCCCUUGAACGCAAGACAAGCAUCUCCUGCUAAGAAGCUUGCCUAUGUGGCUAUCUUUGCUGCUGCCUACUUUGGGGUUGCUGGUACAUUCUGGUACUUGAGACACAUUUCGUUUGGUAUGGAGGGUCCCAAGGAAGAUUGGGCCCACUUGACGUUAUUGCGCUCGUGGAGAAUCUCUGAUGACAACUAUAGAUAA